AUGACAGCAUUCGCUGAUAUCUUAUCGAGUGAGUGCUCGAUGUAUGCGCGCUUCCUUCUGUGCUCGGCCUUCGCCCCGCUCUGUUCAGUGCAAGUAUCGGGCUCCGUGAGCGCCUGCAGAGCACUUUGCGAAAAAGUCGUGGAAGAUUGCAAGGAUCAAAUCAAACUACUGCCCCCAAGUAUCAAACUCGAUUGUUCAGUAUUCCCUCUCCGGCCAAACAGAUUGUGUAUGAGACCAUCAAACUCAAGUGAAUUGGAACCAGAACCGAUACCAAUGCCGCGAUGGCCGUUCCACGAACAUGAGCUAAGAGAUCACGGAUGUCCACCAGCACACACCCGGGCACCGACCGGCGAAUGCUGGCCUGCCUGUGGUCAGCACGCGAGGUAUACCCAAUCUGACAAGAAGACUGCUGAAAUAUGGAUGAUUACUUUAGCCUGGUUCUCAUUACUGUCAACUUCGUUCGCAUUAUUAACAUUUUGUGCAGAGUCUUCUAGAUACCGCUACCCAGAGAGACCAGUGGUUUGGAUGGCAACAUGCCACGCUAUAGUUGCACUAGCUCACGUGACACGAGGGUGGCUUGGAGCCAAAGCUGUGUCAUGCUCAGGAAUCACUCUGGCAGUAGAUGGUUUAGCGUCUCCCACUUGCGUGGCCUUCUUCUCUUUGACAUACUACUUCACGCUAGCUGCAGACGCGUGGUUCACAAACGCCUGCGUGUCUUGGUAUUUGACAGCGGCGAGUGAAUGGUCUACUGAAGCUUUGGAGCGUGCCGCUGCGUAUUUGCACGCAGUCGCCUGGGGCUGGGCUGGUGCGUGGACAGCUGCAGCAUUGGCUCUUCGGAAAGUCACUGCAGACGAGCUUACUGGUACAUGUGGAGUGUCAGACACAGCUGUUUCGGCUUUGAUUGGAGUCCCCAGGGGUGCUUUGCUGAUAACAUCGAUAGCUUUAGCCAUUGGCGCGUGCCCUGGUAUAAUGAGAGUCCGCCGAGCGUUAGAUUCUAGAGGUGCGAAGAGAGUGGGAAGGUUGGCGGCGCGCGCAGCCGCUGGAGGUUUACUUUACCUGUUAUUAGCUGCAUUUGCGACUGGCACACGCGUGGUUGAAGCUCGGAAUAGGGAAGCACAGAGUAAUCUAGCGCUUUUAGCGGCUUUGGAAGCUGGAAACAUAGAUAAUACCGCGGGAUCGAGCGGAGUAUCUAUGUGUUUGUGGUUGUCCUGUGGAAUAGCGGCGGGGGCGUGGGCUUGGUCGAGAAAGUCAGCUGUUGUUUGGAAGAAGGCGUUAUGCCCCCCGCGAAAGGCCCCUUGCUGCGCCCCGCCAUUGCUGAGACCACAACACCCUUACUACAAAAGACCACUCCACGUCUCUAGAGUA